AACCCCCUUUGCCAUCAGAGGACUCUGGGCAGAGGCACCUCCCGUGGCUCCCAGGCGACCUUCCCGCCAAGACGUGCUGGGACAGGCUCACCCUGAACACCGGCAGCGCCACUGACCCCACCCUCAGGCUGCAGAGUGCUGGCCUCGCCCGCGGAGGGCCGGCUGGAUGCCCACACACCGGGGCCGGGACGGGUCUAAGCCUGCACGGAGGGGAAAGGCACAGUUAUGAGAACCCUGCUCUGCCUUCCUAUGCCAACCAGGAGGAUUCGCCAAGGCCCAGCGGGGGCUGACCCCACGUGAACAGCAUGUCCCCACCCCGAGCCUCUGAGGAAUCGGGAGAAUGUGUUUGGGGUCCUGGCUGCGCCCCAAGCUCCCGGUGCCUCCAGGCAAAUCACUUCACCUAUCAGGGCCUGUGUGACCCCCUGUGACACAAAGGCGCUGGGCCGGCUAGUGGCCCUCGCCAACAGACUGUGAUCAGGAAGGAGUUAAUGGAGGCCAGGCUCUGGGUCAGGAAGGCGAGGGUUAAUCUGGGGGGCGGGGUGGGGGGUGGAGGCUCCCUUUGCUUUUCCUGUGGAGAGCGAGGUUUGGCUGCCACCAAAGUUACUUCUAGUCCCUGCUGUCCCUCCUGCCCUCAGUCUGGACCUGCCCUCGGACCCCUGCCUUCAGUCUCCACACAGCGAGGACUCAGGGAGCCCCAGCCAAUUGCCCUCAGCAGCGCCACUAGCUGCCUGACUCCGGUGGCUUAUGGGGCACCGUCCCGCCCGGUUCUGCUAAGAUGCUCCUGGCCUCUCCCUCCACCCCAUCCCGGGGCCGGACCCCCAGCGCCGUGGAGAGGCUGGAGGCGGACAAAGCGAAGUAUGUCAAGACGCACCAGGUGAUCGCCCGACGCCAGGAGCCAGCGCUGCGCGGGGGGCCCGGGCCGCUCAUGCCGCACCCCUGCAACGAGCUGGGGGGGCCCGCGUCGCCCCGGACGCCCAGGCCGGCCCGUCGGGGCAGCGGCCGGCGGCUGCCCAGGCCGGACUCCCUCAUCUUCUACCGCCAGAAGCGGGACUGCAAGGCUCUGGUGGACAAGGAGAACGCCAAGGGCCAGGGGCUGGUGCGCCGCCUCUUCCUGGGCGCCCCCCGGGACGCGCCCUCCAGCGGCCCGGGGCCAGCGGAGCGGCCCGCGGCGGCGGGAGGCUGGGCCGCGCCCCAGGACGCCCCGGACGCGGCGGGCAAGCGGGCGCUGUGCCCCACGUGCUCGCUGCCGCUGUCGGAGAAGGAGCGCUUCUUCAACUACUGCGGCCUGGAGCGCGCGCUGGUGGAGGUGCUGGGCGCCGAGCGCUUCCAGCCGCGGAGCUGGGGCGCCGACGCCAGCCCCCCGCCCGGGACGCCGCCGCCGCCGGGCUCCGGGGACACCAGCGACUGGGCCUCCAGCGAAGGCGGCGCGGGCCGCUCGGACCACGCGGGCGGCGGCGGCUCGGAGGCGGCGGGGGCGCGGGACGGGCGCCCCCCGGUGUCGGUGGUGGAGCGCAACGCGCGCGUCAUCCAGUGGCUGUACGGCUGCCAGCGCGCCCGCAGCCCGCCGCGCGAGUCCGCCGUGUGACCGCGCCGCGCCGCCCGGGAGCCGGCUCCCGAGGGGUCCGGCGUCCGGGGGGCUCCCGAGGGGUCUGGCGUCCGGGGAGGGUCAGAGGGCCAGCGCCGGGCUGGACCCGGCACCAACAGUGACGCCCCGCCUCUGGCGCGCAGGUGGAUUUUUGGCAAGCCCCGCCGCCCCCCGCUGGAUCGUGGCUUUUCCGAGUGACCGUGGGCGCACGAACAAGAUCA